AUGGAGUUUCUGAGCUUCAGUCCGAAAGGUCAACCAGGUCUUGCAGGUCUUCCAGGCAUCGACGCUCACGUUCCCAGGCUCUCGUUCUCUGCUGCCCUCACUUUUCCCAUGGAUCAAGCAGGGACCAUUGUCUUUGACAAGAUCUUUGUCAAUGAGGGAGAUUUCUACGACCCGGGAACAGGUACUUUCACCGCCCCCAUAAAUGGGCAUUACUUCUUCAGUGCUGUCCUGACGGGUUACAAGAAUGAGAAGAUAGAGGCGGUCCUGUCCAAGUCCAACUACGGUAUGGCCCGGGUGGACUCUGGAGGAUACCAGCCUGAAGACCUGGAGAACAAACCCGUGGCCGAGGCCAGACCCCCCCCGGGUUCCCUGGCCGUGUUCAGCAUCAUCCUGCCCCUGCAGACCCGGGACACGGUCUGCAUCGACCUGGUGAUGGGCAGACUGGCCCACUCCGUGGAGCCCCUGACCAUCUUCAACGGCAUGCUGCUGUACGAGGACAUAUGACGUCCACGUCCAGGGCCGAGAACCUGAGCAACUCUUUGAAGGCUCUGUCCCAAACCCCAGAGGCCGGUGCUCAUCUACAGUGUGAUGUCAUCGUCUCAUCAGACAUGAUGUCAUUCCCUGUGACGCCUUUGAACGCAUUCUUCUUCACUUAAUCCAUUUUUAAUAGGUUGGUCUGUACAGAUCUGUGUCUCUGGAGCACUUUCAUCUAUCUUCAUGUGUGGACACAAGUCAGCUGAUCUGAUGUGGCUCAUGAGAAAAUAAGAAGUUUUCAUUUGACAAACUUUUGCAAACACUUCUGAUGUUCCAUCAGAAUAUAGUCUCACUUUUUUUUUUUUUUUUUUUUUACCAUAACAUGACCUGACUUCAAACAUUUCUGACGUCCAGGAGAAGCUCAAAUGUUUGCUCUUUCUUCUAAAGCCAUCAGCUGAUGUGAUGAAGAACAUUCUGGCUCUAUGUUAGAGGCCCCUACUGACAACAGACAUGUAUCUCAGACAUGUAUCGUGCUCAUUUACUUCAUGUUUACCAACAUUUAGACUAAUGCAGGGUGCUGCCUCUAAAUUAAAGACCAC